AUGCAUCUCUCAAUGCCGCCACUGCUCUUUGGCCUCCUGGGCACUGUUCAUGCCUUCCACUUUCUCCCGCGGAGGUCCAUGUCAGAUGACAACGCCACAGAUAGCUCUGAGUUUUCGCUUGCCAUGAAGUUGAACGGCACGUACGCCUCUCUAAAUGCCAUAUACCUCUCGGAGAAGGGUAUCCUCCUUCAGGCUCAAAAUAUGAGCGACUAUUCCGGCACUCCUACGUACCUCAACUCGACGGAGUCCGAUGAUCCUUCGGAUCACUUCCCCGACUCGCUGGUCUUGAAUCUUACAAACACUCCGGACAUCUCUGCCCCUCCUGGAGUCUACGGAGUCGCCGUGGCUAGCCUCGGGGACGCGCAUGGGGCGUGGGUCUUUGUCUCUGCCAUUCAGGAUGAGCAAGAGUUCGACUUUCUCGUCACGGACGGGUCUGUAUACCAUGAGUUGACCGCUGCCCCUCAGAGCUGGUUUGCCUGCUCGCAAACUGUCGAGAACGUGACGGGUACUUUCCUCAGCUGGGGAGUGUAUGACACUAACGGAUCUGCGCCGUUCGGCUGUGAGGUGACAGAUGUGGUUCAGAACUUCAAUGUUCCCGGACGUGCCAAGCUGGAAUUAUUCUGA